AUGUUUGCGCGAUCAGCAUUGCGGGCGUGCCAGUCGGCUCAGCCUAUGAAGCAUCAAAUCCGCCGCUACGCCGACAAGCCUCCCGCUCCCUCCGGUGGAAGCAACAACACGCUGCUGUACUUCCUCGGUGGUGGCGCAGCCGCCGCUGGCGGCUAUUACUACUUCACACAGAACCCCGGCGCGGCGCAAAAGGCCGAGGCGAAGGUCAAGGGAGCCCUCCCCGGUGGGGAGGUCAAGAAGGCCCUGACGGGGGGAGACCAAGGUUUCCUCUCUCUCAAGCUGGACGACGUCGAGAUCGUGAACCACAACACCAAGAAGUUCCGGUUCAAGCUACCCGAGGACGACAUGGUCUCAGGCUUGGAGGUCGCCAGCGCUAUCCUGACCAAGUUCAAGCCUGAGGGCGACGCGAAGCCUGUGCUGAGGCCGUACACGCCUACUUCCGACGAGGGCACCAAGGGCUACAUAGAGCUCAUCGUCAAGAAGUACCCCGACGGUCCCAUGUCUAGCCACUUGCACACCUUGGUCCCCGGUCAGCGCCUCGACUUCAAGGGGCCCUUGCCCAAGUACCCAUGGUCGGAGAACAAGCACGAGCACAUCGCCCUGGUCGCCGGUGGCACCGGAGUCACGCCCAUGUACCAGCUGUGCCGCGCCAUCUUCAACAACCCCAACGACAAGACCAAGGUCACUCUCGUGUUCGGCAACAUUACCGAGGACGACAUCCUGCUGAAGAAGGAGUUCCAGGAGCUCGAGAACACAUAUCCCCAGCGGUUCCGCGCAUUCUACCUGCUUGACCAGCCGCCCAAGGACUGGGCUGGCGGCAAGGGCUUCAUCAACAAGGAGCUGCUCAAGACGGUACUGCCAGGCCCAAAGGAUGGUAACGUCAAGGUUUUCGUGUGCGGACCCCCGGGCCUGUACAAGGCCAUCUCGGGCCCCAAGGUGAGCCCUAAGGACCAGGGCGAGCUGACAGGUAUUUUGGCGGAGCUUGGUUACACCAAGGACCAGGUCUACAAGUUCUAG